GCCAGGUAUAUAAAAGAUAUAUUUGUAGGGGGCCGCACUUUGUGCGUGUUAUAGUUAGUUAUUAGACAAAGACAAAAAAGGUGGUACAAUGUUUGAUAAUAAAAUUCUGAUUCUGUUGGGAGUACUGGUGCCAUCGUUAGUUCUGGCUGGCCCAGCUCCAGCUCCAAUUGCUUCACCAACACCUGUAGCUUCCCCUGUGCCUUCACCCAAACCAUUCGGCUUUUUCGGUGACCUAUUCGGAAGCUCGAUACCCAGUUACAGUUCCAGUUAUGGUUACCUUUAUGGAAGACCUGCUACCAGCUACAACUACUACGACUCAGACUAUCCCAGUUAUACCACAUACCGUGGUAAUGGCUACAGAACAACCAGACCUUAUUACGGUUCCAGUUACGGAGGCAGGGGGUACAUAAAUCAGCUGGGGUGGGGUGACUAUGGUUCUUACGGUACCACUGGAGGAGUAGGGAACGAAUAUGGAUCUUCUUAUCCUGGAGGCACUUAUAGGAACACGUACGGAAGUGGAUAUGGUGGAGGGUAUGAUAGGGGGUACGGUUAUGGCAAUGGGUAUGGAUAUGGUGGUGGUUACAGUGGGGGAGUUGGAGUGGGAGUCGGGGUGGGAUAUCGGGGAUCUCCAGGAUACUCAAGAAAUGGUGGGACAUACGGUUAUUCGGGAACAUCGUAUACGAAUGGACCCACGUAUAGUAGCAGAUAUACUCCAUAAAGAUUUUUAUAUUUUAUACAUAAGUAGGUUAGAAUAAUAAAUAAUUAAUUGUUAAUUUUGAUCUUGAUAGUAUUUUAGUAUUAGAUAUUAUGUAAAGGUGUGUUUAGUUUUAAAUUUCCUACCUACCUGCUGUAAAAAUGAAUUCGAAAUUUUCUGUACAUAAUCAACAUUAGAAGUAUGUAUGUAGAAAGAGGAAAGAAGUCCAAAUACGUAGAAUAAAACUUACUUUUACCAUUAA